AUGCCCGCCUGCGCCUGCUUCGCGGAAGCCCUUCCGCUGCUGCAGCAGGCGGCGGAAGCCGCGGCUUGCGCCGCGGAAGUCGUCCGCGGGAGAGGCGCGGAACUCCGCUUGGACGAGGUGGUCCGGCGCUUCCUGAUGGUAUGCCUGGUGUACAGCCGGCGCAUGGCGGAAGCGAUCCGCCUGGGCGAGGACUCCCUCGCACGGGGAAGAAGCCAGCCGGCGCUGCUUCGGCUGUGCGGCGAGAUCUUCAAUCAGCAGGGCUUGCAGCUCAUGGGACUCCAGGAGGCGGAGGCCCGGAGUUGGUUCCUGCGCGCUUCGAAGAUGUUCGAAGAGGCGGAGAUGCUGGCGCCAGGCCACGCGCACUCCUUCAGCAGCUGGGCCUUGUCCAACUCCAUGCUGGGCGACCUGCAGGGCGCCCAGCGGGUGGCCGGAGAGGCGCUGAAGACGGUGCCUGGCUUCUGGGUGCACCCGCUCCAGCGGCCCAGCUUCUUCGCGCCUCAGCUUCUUCGACAAAUCCGAAUGCCGGGCUACUUGGCACCCAGCUUCCACUCCUGUACUCGGAAAUGGGUUUUGCAAGAAGUUCCGCAUGGCGAUGCUUCGGGAGCUUCGAUGGACUUUGGGGUCGCUCCUGUGGGUUGA